AUCAUUGGCCGGUCUUGCGUGAUGCUGCAGGUCAGCUUCCAAACUCAGUCGCCCAUGCUGACCUUUUUCAUGCAGCCGGGCUGCUUCUUGCAUUUAUAGGCCCCGUCUGGCAUGUGUCUUCCCACCACAUCCGACUCACUCCACCUUUUCCAUCUGUCAUCUCUACCUAGAUUCUUUCUUAUAUCUUAUCCGUGGUUCCUUCCUCUCUGGCCAAGAUUUUAGCCAUCUACCAACACGAGAAAAAUAUUCAUUCCCAUCCUAUCACAUCACAAUGUCUGCUGCUGCUCCUCCUGCUCCCCCAGUUAACCCUGACCGGCCCGAGACCGGUCACUCGGCUGGCAAGAGUUCCUUGUCCAGCAAGUCGGACCCGAACCAGGCGUUGAGAGGUGAAGAGGCUGUGUACAGCGUUGGAUCGAGUGGAUUCUCUCUACGCUCAAUGCAGCAUCGCGACCGCGAGGGCAAAGUCAUCACUGAACCCGACUUGUCCAACCCUACCCGUUACCGAUUCGAGCGGCCGCUGGACACCAUUCGAUCGUUCGAGGCAGCCAUCGAGCGACGUCGUCGUGAGGCCAUGUAA